AUGAGACUUCAUAACCCCUCUCUAGAUGCAACCCAAUGUGCUGAAAUUGAAUCGUUUGGCAAGUGGAUCUUAUCUAUUGGUGAUGGGACUAUUGCUGCCGAGCAAAGGGGAGAGGAACGUGAGGCUUCAUGGAUUACAAUUCCUGAUGAUCUGUUAGUGCACACCGACGGUGAUAAGACUGCUGCCCUUGUGGCAGAGGUGUUUCCAGAUUUUAUUAUGAAUUACAAAAAUCCUGAAUAUUUGGCCACACGUGCUAUUGUCUGUCCUAACAACCAAGAUGCUGAUGACAUAAACGAUUAUAUCGUCAAACUGGUCCCUGGAGACGAUGUUCAGUAUCUUAGCUGUGACACAAUAUCUAAAUCAACUGAACAUAUACCUGAUUUUGAUGUCUUGAUUUGGGAGUUCAACGAUCUUCAAGAUGAAACAAAGCUGCUGCAUACUGAUCUGGUGUUGCUCGAUGAAGAGGGAAAUAGCAUUCAUGCACAAAUCUACCCACCUCUCCCUGAAAAAUUCAAACCUUUGUUAAAGGAAGGAAGAGUUUACAAUCUCUCCUUUUUCCAAGUUAAAAAGGCAAACCGACUUUACAAACCAGUUCAAAAUGACAUUAUGAUCAGCUUUACAGAUGGAUUCACCUACUCCCUUACUCCCAUAGAGAAGCUCCCAUCAGUUUUGGAUAACAAAGAGUACUUUACAGAUGUACUUGGCGCAGUCACAAAGAUCUCGGAUGCUUUGCCAUUACGGCCAAGAUUCCAGCAAGUUGAUACCAUGAAAAGAACUGUGACAGUAUGUGAUGAAAGUGGUUCUUCUCUGGACGUCGUGCUUUGGGGUGAGCGAGCCACUUCAUUCCCAGCUGAACAACUUCAUAAAGAUGGACAGCAUUCACCACAAAUUGUAAUAUUUGUUGGCACUCUUGUGAGGGGCUAUGCUGGAACCAUCUCAUUGUCUAGCGGGUCAUCAUGCAAGUGGUAUAUAAAUCCUGAUGUCCCUGAAGCAAAAAACCUUAUUGCCAGCAUGAAAAGCGUGCACCAACCAGUUGCACUCGCUCCACAGGUAAAAUACAGUGAGCCCAGAACUUCUAUUGCAGAGCACAAGAAAGUAUCUGAUAUCAAGUAUCUUCACCCCUUCAAGAACAAGAAAGUAGAAUGGUUGGUUACAGUGAAGAUAAUGAAGAUUGAUAAGUCAUGGUGGUAUGAGUCGUGCAAGAAAUGUUUCAGGACAUCUAGGCCUCAUGGCAACACCUACAAAUGCUCUAAUCCAACAUGUAGCACCAUUGGUGCGCCUAGCCCAAGGUACAAACUGGUCAUCACUGCUGGGGACGAGACUGGUGACACUGAGUUUGUCAUGUUUGGACGCAUAGCGCAGCGUCUCAUAAAAAAGAUAGUCGAUGCUCUCAUUGCCAAUAAUCCGCCUGGAUUUAUCCCUUAUGAGAUCACUAGGCUACUGGAAAAGGUUUUCACGUUCAAUGUUUGCUUCACAGAGAAUACAAUUUCUUCUAGCAAUGUCUCUUUCCAGGUCAAUACCAUUGUUGCGGAGAUUGACGAUGGGAAUCCUGUUCCACUAAUGCCGGUUGGGUCACAGUCAUCGUCAGCUGUGCUCUCACACCAUGCAGGCAGCAGUGUAGAGUGCACACCAGAAAAGGACUCUGACUUCACUUUACCUUCACCAUCAGCCGGAUCACAAGCUACUCAUGCAUCAAGCACCACACCUUCUAAGACCGUGAUGCCUGACACUGGGCUACCAACUACACCACGGAGCAGCACAAAAUCUGAUAAGAAUAAGGCAGUGCAGGACAAGGACAGCCGCCUUCCAAGUGAGGGCCCUGUUACAGUGUCACCAAUUGUACCAACUUAUUCAACGCCUGAGGCGCAGCAAAGCACAACUAAGAAAAGAAACCGUGCAUCACUCGAGAGAAAAACUGCAAGGAAGAUUGUUUUGGAUGAUGGUGGCAAGAAUGACAGUGGGGAUGAUUCCAUUGCUCCCCCUACUGGCCCUAGGUAUCUCCCACUCUCUGCUUAA